UACACUUCACACUGGAUUAUAUAUUUAAUGCCCCUAUUGGGUAUUGAAACUUGAAAAGCUAGCAUUUGGGUUCUCAACACUUUUGAGAGAGGAAAUGGGUCAACAAUCAUGGCAGGAUCUGCACAAAAUACCCUUCAAUCCACUCCUCUCACUUGUUCUUCUCAUCCCUUUUCUCUAUGUUUUCAAGCGUAUUAGAAGUGGCAAGACCAAUGUACCUCCAUCCCCACCAAAGAUACCAAUUAUCGGCAACCUGCACCAGCUUGGCACACUCCCACACCGCUCUCUUCAAGCCCUUUCUAACAAGUAUGGCCCUCUAAUGUUCUUGUAUUUGGGCAAUGUUCCAACCCUUGUAGUGUCAUCUGCAGAUAUGGCUAGAGAAAUUAUGAAAACACAUGAUAUCAUUUUCUCAAACCGGCCCAAAACCACAGCUGCUAAUAUCUUACUCUACGGAUGCAAAGACAUAGCCUUCUCACCCUAUGGUGAGUAUUGGAGACAAGCUCGGAAAAUCUGUGUCCUCGAACUUUUGAGCCUCAAAAGUGUGCAAUCCUUCGAGUAUGUAAGGGAAGAAGAAGUUGAAGCACUGAUCAACAAGAUAAGUGGCACGUGUCUCAAAGGAGGUUCUGUUAAUCUAAGUGAGAUGUUCAUUGCCACCACAAACAACAUAGCCUCUAGAUGUAUACUUGGACAGAAGUUUGAAGAAGAAAAUGGUAAGAGCAAGUUCGGAGAGCUAUCAAGAAGAGUUAUGACGCUAUUUGUAGCAUUCUGUUUUGGAGAUUUUUUCCCUUCUUUGGGAUGGAUUGAUGUUCUUACCGGAAUUACUCCCAGUCUGAAAUCCACUUUUGGAGGAUUAGAUGCUAUCUUUGACCAAGUGAUUGAAGAACACGAGACAGAGAAAAUUGAUGAUGACCAGCCUAAUAGGCUUGAUUUCGUGCAGAUUCUCCUCCGACUUCAAAAGAAUAGCAUGCUCGACUUUGAGCUCAACAAAAACAACCUCAAAGCAAUUCUACUGGACAUGUUUGUGGCAGGAACUGACACUAGUUCAACAGCUUUGGAAUGGUUAAUGGCAGAGCUCGUAAAAAAUCCAAGAGUCAUGAAGAGAGCACAAGAAGAGGUGAGAAGAGUGGUGAGCAAGAAGUCAAGAAUAGACGUAAAUGACAUCAACAAAAUGGAUUACUUGAAAUGUAUCAUCAAAGAAACUCUACGAUUACAUCCACCGAUUCCUCUUUUGCUACCUCGGGAAACAAUAACAAGUGUGAAAAUUGGAGGCUAUGAUAUUCCGCCAAACACAAGAGUAGUUAUCAAUGCAUGGGCAAUCCAAAUGGACCCUAAAGUAUGGGAGAGGCCAGAAGAAUUCCUCCCGGAGAGAUUCGAAGGCAACCCGGUUGAUUUCAGAGGCCAAGAUUUUGAAUUCAUUCCAUUUGGAGGUGGGAGAAGGGGAUGUCCGGGAUUGACAUUUGGUGUUUCUUCAGUUGAAUAUGUUAUUGCAAACAUCUUAUAUUGGUUUGACUGGAAGCUGGCUGGUGCAAAUGUUCAGGGGGAAGACUUGGACAUGACUGAAUUUAACGGGCUCACUGUGACGAAGAAGCAUCCUCUUCAUCUUGUACCAGUACUGCACUCUCCUUGAAUCUAUGCAUUAAGAGAAUAUUCAUGGUUGUACUCUUGAUAAUGUAGAUUGUCUCUCCAUUUUCUUGUUUUGUUUAGAAUUUGCUGUUGUUCCUUAUUGGAAUAAUUUGUGUAAGGGGAUUUAAAUCGAACCUUUCAUGCUAUAUAUAUGCUAAUCGAAUCUGUUUUAUUAAAA